CUGAUAUCGCGGUGCAUCAGCAAGUGUGGAGAAAACUAAGGAGCUUACUGUACCCCUGGGCCCUCGCUCUUGGGUGGAAGAUCCCUUGCUCCCUCAGAUCUUGAAUUAUUACUGCCAAUUAUGGGUAAUUGCCAGCGUGAGAAAAAAUAAUUUAAAAGGCCAUGAGGCACUCCUUCCUCAAGUUAUGCUCGAGGUGCACUCUCGAAAAACGUUCCUAUUUGACAGCCCUUCAGUCAGGUUCGUAUUUCCCGAGAUCCUCAGAGUUUCAAUAUAUUUGGGUACGAUUUAAGUGACUAUUCCCUUUCAAAUGCCAACACGAAAAUGGCAGAUUCGAAGGGCGAAAUUCCAACGUCUUCCAAACUUCCCGCUUGGCGAAUGGUGUUUGACGAGGGUGCUGUCACUCAGGAAGUCAUAAACCACCAAUACUCUGGUUCUGGAACCGAAGGGAACCCGUUUGAGGUUUCAUGGAUACCGAAUGACCCUCGGAAUCCUAUGGACUUUCGUGAACCUUCAAAAUGGGCACUUGCAGCACUUGUUUCCAUUUCCACCUUCACGGUUUCGCUGGUCUCUUCUGGCUAUUCAGGAGGCUUGGAGGAGAUUGUCGAGUACUUCCAAGUAGAUGAAGAAAUUGCCGUCCUGGGAAUUUCGUUCUAUGUCUUGGGCUUUGCACUGGGUCCUCUGUUGUUGGCACCAAUGAGUGAGCUCUACGGACGUCGUCCGAUAUUCAUCUUUAGCGCAGCGACAUUGACAGCUUUCACAGCCGGAACGGCAGGGGCCCGAAACAUGGAGACGCUGGUUAUCCUUCGCUUCUUUGCGGGUAGUCUUGGGUCCGCCCCCCUGGCUGUUGCAGGAGGUACCCUCGCCGACACUUUUCCUGCAAUCAGUAGAGGACUAGCAAGCGGACUUUAUGCCAUCGCACCCUUCAUGGGCCCAACGAUUGGGCCCGUUGUUGGAGGAUUUCUGGCCGCCGCAGGGGGUUGGCGCUGGGUACAAGGCUUUUUAGCAAUCCUUUCUGGGGCUAUGCUUCUAUUGACGGCCAUUUUACUGCCCGAGACGUAUAGCCCCGUGCUCCUGCGCAAACGAGCAAAGAGGCUAUCAAAAAUCACCGGUCAUGUGUACCGGAGUAAGCUUGACGUUGAUGGCGGAAGCUCUCACGCCGGCCAAAUGUUUAAAACAGCCCUUUCUCGGCCAUUUGUUUUACUCUUCUGCGAGCCUAUUGUGCUGCUGAUGUCUUUAUACCUUGCCAUUAUUUAUGGCACGCUAUAUAUGUUCUUUACUGCCUAUCCAAUCGUUUUCCAGCAGGUUCGCGGCUGGAGUGAGAGUACCGGUGGAUUGGCUUUCUUAGGCAUUCUGGUCGGAAUCCUGCUUGCAGGGGUCCACACAUUCGUCACAUUUUUCCAAUACAAGAAGAAGGCUUUGGCAGCACAAGGGCGGCGUCUUCCUCCCGAGGAGCGCCUACCGUCCAGCUUCAUAGGAAGCUUUACUCUGCCUAUUGGUCUUUUCUGGUUUGCCUGGACGAAUUCACCUUCAACGCAUUGGAUGGCACCGAUUGCCGCCGGAGUUCCAUUCGGCUAUGGAAUGAUCACGGUGUUCAUGGCUGUUUUGAACUACCUGAUUGACUCCUACACCAUAUACGCCGCGUCAGUGUCAGCAGCAAACUCUCUGCUGCGGUCUAUAUUCGGCGCCGUCUUUCCACUGUUCACCGGCUAUAUGUAUCAACGACUCGGUAUACACUGGGCGUCCUCGAUCCCGGCGUUUCUCGCUUUGGCGUGUCUUCCGAUGCCGUUCUUGUUCUACAAAUAUGGCCCUAAGAUUCGAGAACGAUGCCACUAUGCCGCCGAGGCCGACGCUUUCAUGAACCGGUUGCUCGCUGGAACCGGUGCACCACCUAAACCCGAAGGCGAAACCCAGGAAGAAAGAACUGAGAUGGAAACCCGGGCUUCGGUGGUCCGAGGAGACAACGACGAUGGGGGUGGGCAAACAGUAGACGUGAGGACUGAAACGAGCCGCGUUAUGACAGCUCAUCGAACAUCCUGCGACUCAAGGAUGUCGAGUCUCAUCACAGUCAAUUCGCACGCUAGUUCGAGCUCCUGAUGACCCUCCUCAGAUUGGGGAUAUUUUCGCCUCGCGGUGAGCAUCAGCAGGGCUGGUCGGCUUCAAUUUCGCAUGUGUCACUCUUUGGAUAGACUUUUUUUUUUCUUGUGUGCGAAUCCGUUUAGAUAUAGCCUUCAUUUACAUAUAGACCAGAAUUUUCAACUCGUUUUCUUUUCGUUUUCUACUAUCCCAAAAACUCAAUUCGCAGCCAAAGCCCAGUGAGCUUGGCACCGCUCUGUUCUCCGGUCUAAUAAUCGUGCCAAAUGUAGUAGACCAAUG